UUUGUCACUUUGACACAUUUUUGAUGUUUUUUAUUUAUCACUUGACCAGUACGUUUCGUUUCACCUUUUUUUUAUUCGCAGGAUCACAUGUUAUCUUGAUUAUUUACUUGAAUAUACUGAGAGAAAAAUAUAGAUAUUGAGAUUUGUUUAAGUUUUGAAUAAAAAGAAAUAUAAAUUUAGCUUCAUGGCUAUCAACCAAUGAUUUUUUUAUGUAAUGGUUUACUUGGUUGGCAACCACUUGUUUAAUCAAUAGAACUGAGAUUUUCGAUCAACUCCAGUAGGGCUGAGAUAAUAACCAGUCAUAAAUAGACUUUGAUAGGGAAUAGCUGCUGCUACAAGUAAGCAAAAUGAACGAGUGUGAAAUUGAAUGUCUGAAAACUGAAUUGGAACAUGAAAAAACUUGCAGGGAAACAGCUGCAUGGCAAAAUGAUGAACUGGAGAAGCAAAUAGUGUCUGUCCAGGACGAACUGCGGAAAACAGACUAUACUUGGGACCAUGACGAUGAUCUGAUGAAGGAAAGCGCGAGACAUAAGGUGUACAUGGACACUAUUGACACUUUGAGAGAGCAGCUGCCUACACUGAGAGAGAAGAUUAAAAACGCUAAGAUAUGCGGCGCUGAUUGUAAACUAAAACACGAUGACCUGAAUAUAAACUUGGACAUCCUUACACCUGCUGAGCUUUUGCGUACAGUGAAAAGAUUUGAACGUCUCAAAACGGAUUUGAUAAGCACUUUACGAAGCAAGGAGUGGCGUUUGGACUCGGAAUCAAAGUUAUUCGUCCGCGUAAACGAUCAAAGAACGUACCUGCAAAACGAGCUGAUGAUUUGUCAGAACAAUAUCAUGAGACUUCAAAAGAACAGUGCCUACUGGCAGCCUUACAUUCCAGAAAUGCCCGAAAGAAUGACGAACGAGUCCUGGACCCCAAGCGAGGACCUAUAAAGAAGAUUAUUGGCAACGAGAGGCUUGCACCCAUCGCCACUUAAUAUGUUGACACUUGUAGAGUUUAUUUUCAUAAUCAGAAUUUUAACGUUGUUAGGGUAGUGGGAUAAGAUUUUAGUAUUUAGUAACUCAAUGUACUAGUAAAUAGUAACUUCAAUCGAUCACAAAUAAGACCUAACUUCUACAUAAGUUAUUCUUCAACUAUACUAUGUCUAUUCGUGAGAGUUUUUUUUCUUGAUUUUACCAUCCAAAACCUGUCAUUUAAUUUUUUUCGUCAUUGAAUAUACAGUCCACAGUCGUUGUAGACUUGUGUUAAAAAGAUAAGCGUUUUGUAAACAUCAAAUGCAAUCAAUUAUAAAUAACUUACAAUCUAAAUAUUGUAGACAUAAUUAAAAAUAAUAUCUGAUAACACGUAGAAGUAAAUACAUAAC